CAGUUGACGUCUGCGCCUCAAAGCUGUGCAUCACAGCGCGUGCGCGACUCGCCAUCACCCAUCGCCUACAAAAAGUCAGUACUUGGCGUGUAGGUGAGCAGUAGCCCUUCGCCAUGAACGCUAGCCAACUCCGCCGAUUUGCUUCUCCCGUAGUGAAACCAUCAUUAUGCCUCUGUUUUCGCCACUACAGUCAAGUGAGACCCGUCUAUGUUAUAGACCAAGCUGAUAAAUGGCGUAAUUCAGCACCGCACUUCUAUUCUGUCCAGUCCGUCGAUAUGAGACAAUACUCGUUCGUGCACAACAUCGAUCCCAAAUCAGGGCCCCACAAAAAUGCUGAUGACGUUUUGUUCGAUAUGUUCAAAAAUGAAGACACCGGACUUCUUCCUGUGGGAAAGUUUUUGGCCGCCCUGAGAACCACUGGAAUUAGGAAGAAUGACUCGCGCGUCAAAGAUGUCAUGCACAACUUGUACAAAGUGCACAAAGAAUCAAAUUUCGAAGGAGGUUCUCCAGAGACUCUAAAACUGGACCGCAAUACUUUCAAAGAAGUUAUCGCACCGAAUAUCGUGCUCAUCACAAGGGCUUUUCGCAGUCAGUUCGUCAUUCCUGAUUUUCAAGAUUUUAUCAAAGAUAUCGAAGAAAUGUACUGGGCAGCCAAAAGUAACACGGAUGGCAAAGUCGCCAGCUAUAUUCCACAACUAGCAAGAGCCAGCAACGAGAACUGGGGCGUUAGCAUUUGCACCAUAGAUGGACAAAGAUUUUCCAUUGGUGAUGUAACGGUGCCUUUCACUCUGCAGUCUUGUAGCAAGCCGUUAACAUAUGCGAUGGCUCUGGAGACGCUGGGCCCCGACGUGGUGCACAAAUAUGUUGGCACCGAGCCCAGCGGACGGAACUUCAAUGAACUCAUCUUGGACUACAAUAUGAAACCGCACAACCCUAUGAUAAAUGCCGGCGCAAUUUUAGUUUGUUCGUUUAAAACCUUGGACAAGCCCGAGAUGACACUUGCUGAAAAGUUUGACUACGUCAUGUCAUUCUUCAGCCGACUUGCUGGCAAUGAAGUUUUAGGUUUCAAUAAUGCAGUAUUUUUAUCCGAACGCGAGGCUGCCGACCGCAAUUAUGCCCUCGGUUUCUACAUGCGUGAACACAAAUGCUACCCGGAGAAGACUAAUCUUCGCGAAUGUAUGGAUUUCUAUUUCCAGUGCUGUUCCAUGGAAGCCAACUGCGACAUCAUGUCUAUAAUGGCAGCAACACUUGCGAAUGGGGGCAUCUGUCCAAUAACAGACGAGAAAGUGCUCCGACCUGAUUCAGUCCGCAACGUAUUGUCGCUCAUGCACAGCUGCGGGAUGUACGACUAUUCAGGACAGUUCGCUUUCAAAGUGGGACUUCCCGCGAAAUCAGGAGUUUCGGGAGCUAUGCUGAUCGUUGUUCCUAAUGUGAUGGGUAUUUGCACGUGGUCACCCCCACUCGAUCCACUCGGAAACAGCUGCAGGGGAUUACAGUUUUGCGAUGAAUUAAUAAAGCGAUUCAAUUUCCACAAAUAUGACAACAUUCGUUAUGCCAGUCACAAAAAGGAUCCCCGGCGAUAUAAGUUCGAGUCCACUGGGCUCAAUAUCGUGAACCUUCUCUUCUCUGCGGCAAGCGGAGAUCUUAGCGCUCUCAGAAGGCAUCAUCUUUCCGGCAUGGACAUGACGUUAUCGGACUACGACGGGCGCACAGCUUUGCACUUAGCUGCCGCGGAGGGUCACCUGGCUUGCGUGGACUUCCUCCUCGCUCAGUGCGCGGUGCCACACGAUCCGCGCGACCGAUGGGGCAGCCGGCCACUCAACGAAGCGGAGACAUUUGGCCACACUGCCGUAGUACAAUACCUUAAGGAAUGGGAACGGUCCCACCCAGAGAAACCAGCCGAAGCAGCUAAUAAUUCCACAGCCGAUGAAAUCCUCGAAGCAAAGCCAGACGCUGAUGACGCUGUUAAAGAUCCUAGUAUACAAGAAAUAGUCACUAGGAAUGGUGAUAAAGUACAGUAGGUCAGAAUCUCAAAAGCCC